ACGAAAGCCAACACGGUCGAGAGAGAGCCCAGCUUCUCCACCAGGCAGCGCUUCGCUCUGCAACAAUGUGGAGGCGCAGUCAUAAACCAACCAAACCAUUCCAAAGAUGUCCGGGAAGUGCUCUUGCAUUACUAGCUUUGUUCCUCGUUGCUUCUACGCUACUUCUUUAUGGAAUCAAAGGAAAACGCAGUUCCCAAUUUGAUCCUCCGAAGCUAAAACGGAACAAAUUUCGAACCGUUGCCCAAUUCCGGCCUGUUGUGGAGUUUUCAAAUGGGACUGACUUGAUAUGGCAAAUACCGGAGUCACCCAAGGCAGUGUUGUUCAUAGCUCAUGGUUGCAAUGGCAGGGCUGCCAACUUUUGGGAUAGAUCCCCUGGCUGCCCAUAUUGUGUUGGUUUCCCAGAGGAGAGGCUGAUAGUCCUUCAUGCCCUGGAUCGGAGAUUCGCGGUUCUCACCGUUUCCAGUUCCGGGAAAUGUUGGUCGUUUGGGAAGGAGAAACAUGUCGUCCAAUGGAUAUCCAAAUGGUGGAUUGAGAAAAAUAAGCUGGAUAAGCUUCCGAUCGUGGCACUAGGGGCUUCAUCCGGUGGGUACUUUGUUUCUGCCCUUGCUGCUGAGAUGAGGUAUAGUAGCAUCGUGCUUAUGAUUGCAGAAGGGGUGUUUGAAACUAUGGGUGUACCGGAGGGUUAUCCCCCCACACUCUUUGUGCACAUGCCCAAAGACCAGCGCAGAAUGAAAUUGAUAGAAAGGAACACGGAAGCACUCAGGCAGAAGGGUGUUCAUGUCAAGGAAGUCAGGUGCUUGGAAUUCCCAUUGUCUCCAAAUUUCUUGUCGGAUAGGAUACCAGGGCUGAACCAGACCAUGGCUGUCAAGCUAAUUCAGAUGUUCUCGAAGAAGGGGUUCAUUGAUGAGAAUGGGUACAUGAGAAAAGAUGGGCGAGCGACUCGUUGGAAGCAAGCUCUGAGAGAAAGGGGAUUUCCAUUGGAGAAGUAUGAAUUGCUUAAUCAUAUCCAAGAGGAGUUAAAUCUUGCAUAUGGAUACCAUGAGAUGACCAGUUUGCAGACAGAUGAUAUUUUUGAUUGGUUUGAAUCUUAUAUGAAUUAGUGGAAAGCUUGUAUCUUAAGCUCCAUCAAUACUAUUUACUGUUUCAUUUCACCUUCACUUAUAUACUAUAGUUAUUCGUCCAUAUAUUUCCUAUAAUCUCCAGCUUCCUGAAAGUUUCUAGAGUAUCUGUGUGGUUAUAGGAACUCACCAACAUCUUGAUUGAUGGAGUGGAAAAGAAAAUCUGGGGGUCUCUUUGAUAAAUGGUUAUAUCAUUUGCUGAGAAAUUUGCUUGUCAUGUUAGAAGAGGGGACUUUGAUUAGUGUGCUGCAGUGUGGAUCUUCCUGACGUUUUAACUUUUGUAGGCUGGCAUACUUCUUUUGUAGGUUGGCAUGUCUGCACUUACAUCAGUAUCACCCUGUUUCGAGGAUCAUUCUGAGCAAACUUACUUUUGUUAUCUAGGUUUGGGAAACUUCAUCAAGGAACUUUCCUUCCUGGCCUUCUGUUCCUUCCUAAUUGACCCUAAUAUCUACCAAGAAAAAAACGUGAUUUGCACUUCCUAAGGAAUGAGGAUCUUCUGCUCGUUAUAUAAAUGUGCCAGGAAGACCAGAUGGACAUUUCUGUACGGUGUAUAAGAGAACAUCAACACGAAGUUUUCGUGCUUGCAUUGGCUACU